AUGAAGAUCAACUUCACGCCCAUCAAGCGAAUCACUUUGGGUUUCUUCUUCGGCGCUGCCUCCAUGGCUUGGGCUGCUGCAGUGCAGGCCUACAUCUACAAGCACAACGAAUGUGGCUACUAUCCAUCCGAAGGUCUUCCCAACGGAGAUGAUUGCCCGCCCGCGACAAUCAGCAUCUGGGUGCAGUCUGGCUCGUACGUCCUCCUUGCCAUCUCAGAGAUUCUUGCUUCCAUCACAUCACUGGAGUAUGCCUUUACCAAGGCGCCAAAGAACAUGCGUUCGUUGGUCCAGGCUUUUGCUCUGUUCCAGACCGCCAUUGCGAACGCUAUUGGAGAAGCUCUCGUCGCGUUGUCUCUGGAUCCUCUACUCAUCUGGAACUACGGUGCCUUCGGUGUUAUUGCCUUCAUUGGAGGUAUCCUGUUCUGGCUCUCGCACCGCAAGCUUGAUGCCGAAGAAGAUGCUCUCAACCAGUUGCCAAGCGGGCACAUGGGCACCCGAGCGCAGGCGCAGGAGGCGGAACGUCGUGGCAGUACGGUUGAGAUCGCGACCGCCAACGAGAAGGCUGCCCAUGUCGGAAGGGUCUCGGCUACAGCGACGUUCAAGCCUGACAGACCGAAGCGGGGUACGGCGUGCGAGAGAUGUAAUAAACGCCGAGUCAAGUGCGAUGGCUGGAUCAACGGCUUGCCAUGCUCGGAGUGUCGCAAGGCGAAGAAUGAGGAGAACUGCAAGCUGGUGAAGUCGAAACGGACAAGAGGCUCCGAUGGACGGUAUGUGGCGCCAGAAGAAGGUGCUGAGCGCCUGUCACCCAAUGAUCGAUUCGAGAGUCCUCAGGAUCAUAUAGAUGGUCGUCCACCUAUGCGUAGUAUCUCGGAGCCUGAGAUCAACCAUGAACUGGCCAGGAUAUGUGGUCCAGAUGAUUCCCAAUCCGGUGCGACAACGCCUCGGCCAAUGAAUCAUGUCAGAGGUGGCAGCUUCAAGGAGAAUGACGCACGAGCGAGCUUCGUGGGCGAGAGCUGGUAUGCAUCGUAUGUACUGGCGCACAGCAACUCGACCACUGGAUUCACCGAACUACAUCGUGCUCGCGAGCACUCAAUGCACGAUAUGCCGAAAGUUGCCCGACCUGUACCCGCUGAUCUGCCUCCACAGAACCUCACAGAGCGGCUGUUGGAAGCGUACUUUACGCGCUUUCACGUCUUCUGUCCGAUCGUCGACAAGGCCCCAUUUCUGGCCUCGGUCAGGGAUCGGACUGUGUCGAUUACUUUGCUGCGAAGCAUUCUCUUCGUUGCGUCGAUUCAUUGCAAGCCCGAGACCUUCCACUUGAUGGGCUACAGCACCCGGAUGGAUGCGCAAGAUGACUUAUUCUCACGCGCUUGUGCGUCUUUCGACGCGGACGUAGACUCGGAUCGGACGACGAUGGUCUUGUCUUCGUACCUCCUACAUUACUGGUUCGGCAAGCCUACUACUUACAAGGACUCCUUGUGGUGGCUCUCGACGGCGAUACGGUCUGCACAGUGUAUGGGAUAUCAUCGAAGUACGAAAGAUAGUAAGAUGUCUGCUGAAGAGAAGUCAAGGUGGCGGAGGAUCUGGUGGUGCUUCUAUAUUCGUGAUCGCCAGCUAUGCUUCUCGAUGGGCGUGCCGGUGGUCAUCAACGAUGCGGACUACGACGUAGAGGAGCUGACGAUGGACGACUUCCCUGACGAUGAGCCUGCGACCGCACGAUACAUCAUUCUCUCAGUUGAGCUCAAUCAAGCAGUUUCCAAGAUGUACUUCCGCCACUGCUCACCACGAAAGCUUCCUCUGAGCAAAGAUGCGAACAUCCGGUCACAUGCGCGCCGAGAAAUACAGAGUACACUCGAGACCUGGCUGAAGAAAGCACAGGGGUGGCCAUUGUGGAACGAAGGACACCAAUUGAGCCUGCUGCUGAAAGUCAUCUACUUCUACUACAUCCUCAAUCUGCAGAGACGGCUACAACGUCUGUCUCCUGUUACCAGUCCGGAUCUGGAAGGUGCCGCCAUUCUCUUCGACGCCUCGAAUAACAUCGCGCACUUCGUUGAGGAUUCGCUGCUCUACUGGACGCCAGAAUCAUUUCCCCUGAUCUACGUUUCCGCCAUCUUCAGCGCCCUGAUAGUACAUGCCGAGCGACAUAAGAGCACAACGAUCCCAGAAGAGCAGCUAUCGGCCAAGAUGCGGCCAUAUCUCCUAGCUUUGAAGCAGUUUGAGCAAGUCUACGUCCUCGCAAGGUGGGUGCGUAAUCUCUUUAUGGAUAUGACAGGCCGUCGGGACAAACAUGCCCGAAGACGGAGCUCUCUCAACAGCAGGCCGGCGAUAUCGCCUCACAGCUCUUCGAACACUCUUCUCCGUAGUGAACCGCCUCGUCAAGCACCUCCUCCAGCCGUCCAGGCGCCAUCCUUCGACACGAGCGAUUACUCAAUGCCUAAUCCGUCGAACUACUUCGCCAUUCCGUUUCAGCCGGAUAUGGAUCUUGGUCAGUUUGUGGGCGAUUUUCUUCCGGCUUUCGAUAAUGAUGAAUUCUACAACGCCAGGUCGAUGUCGACUGCGGAUAUGACGGGAUACCCGCAGCCUGGCUCAGUCGAAUACCAGACUAUACAUUUCUUGACCGAUCUUGGGUUGCCUCAGAACGGUAUGGAUGGCUUGUGA